GUAUCCAAGAGGUGGACGUGGUGGAAGGUUCUUCUCUGCUCCACCAAGACCUUAUAGUGGUCAUAACAGUGCUGGCUAUGGCCGCCCACCAGCCAAGCACAGUGCAUCAGCCACAGCUUCUUACAAUUCCAAACAAGAUGAGAACGAGGUGGAAGACACACAAAACUUGGUUAGGGAAGACAAAGAAAAUGUUGGAGACAGAGACUAUGACUACAGAAAGGGAGACAAGAAUUACCCACCUAGGUAUGGUGGAGGCAGAGGUGGCAGCUCUGGUGGAAUGGGGCGUGGCAGAGGCGGUUACUCUGAGCGCUCACGAGGACGAGGCAGAGGUCGCGCUGGCAGCUACUCAGCAGGACGAGGCAGUGGACGUGGCAACAAGUCCCAGCAGUUGAACAGAUCCAAUUCCUCAGAUGUUAAUGCCAAUGACCAGGAAGAGUGGGAGACUGCCUCCGAGAGUAGCGAUGUCUUGGAGCGAAGCGACAAGCAGGAUUCAAAAAACGAAUUUAAAGACAACAGGGACAGAAAAGAGAAUGGCCCCUUCAAAAAGAGUUUCUCUGGCCAAAGGCCUGUGACCGACCGCACUAAUCGCCGUGCAAAUGGUGCAGAUAACUGGAGGUCAGGAGAUAGAAAUAAUAGAAAAGAGAAGUCACCCAGCUAUAAGGCUAAUGGGACUGCUGGUGGAGGAAGGCCUGGAAACCCUGGUCCAAGGAACAACAAGAAUUCUGCCAAGAAGGAAAACGUCAGUGUAUACAGAGUGGAUGAAAUCGUCCCUGAUGAUCCUAAUGCUAUUAGGAAUGCCCUGAGUAAUCUGAACAACAAGAAUAAAAUGACCUCCAAACAAUCUGGACUAUCAGAUGUAUCCAAGCCUUUAAAAAAUACCCAAGAAAAAAAUGAAAAGGACAACAAGAAGGCUGAUGCCCUAGCAAAUAUUGAUAUUAACAAUUAUGCCAGUGUGGUGGUCAUAGAUGACCAGCCAGAAGUGACCAUAGAUGAUCCAGACUUCCUGUUUGAAGCCAAUGAGGGCUUUCAGGAGGUUUCCUACAAAAAGUCCACCAAGAAGACAAAAGAAACACUGCUGACUAAGAAAGUAUCAGAUCAGAAGGGUAAAAAGGAGAAAGACCUGCUGUCAAAGGUGCUGUCCUCAAAGCCAAGAGUAGCAGCCUCCCCCAUAGUAAAUUCUGGUGAGAAACUCAGCGGUGGUGGUGGUGGCAAGUUCAGCAAGCUGCCCCCAAGACUGGCCAAGCAGAAAGAGCAGAGAGAGAGGGAGCGUGAAAAUAAUAAAAACAACAACACCAAUGUGUUCAUGCCAAAGAUAGAGAACUGGGAUAACGAGCUGGCCAACAACAUUCCAAUGUCAGGGGGACCUAGCAUCAUGGAAGUGGAGGCCAAGCACUCCCUAGCCAGUGUAACACCCUCAGUUCCAACCAGCCUGUUGCCUAGCGUGCCGGUGAAUGCCUGGGACAAACCCAUCACCUUCUCUGCUCAGAUGGGGAUAGCUGAACCGCUGGGAGAGCAGAAGUUUGACAAGAAUGAUCAGCAUGACAGUGGCAUUGACAUGAACGACAUGAACAAUUCUGCUCCCUCUUCCAGAAGGAGCUCUCCUGGCAAUGAGAGCAAGAUAGCACAGCUGAGUGAAGAGUUGGCAGCUGAUGCUCUGAGCAGUGCCACAUAUGAUGCUGUCAAACAACAAGAACACCAGUCCAAGGGUGCUGGAAACAAGGCAGAGGAACUUAGUCGCACACCAAGGAAGGAGAACAAAGUGGAGCCCAUCCAGUUUCCAGCUACAUUUGGCUCUUUCAGCCUGUCACUACAACCACCGAGUCAACUACCACCGAAUCAACGACCACUGAGCCUACCACAACUCAGACUACAACCACCGAGUCAACUACCACCGAAUCAACGACCACUGAGCCUACCACAACUCAGACUACAACCACCGAGUCAACUACCACCGAGUCAACGACCACUGAGCCUACUUCGAUUAUAUCAACGGCCCAUGCGUAUUUUGAAAAUAUAUCAAGCAAAGCUGACAACCAACUAUAUUUUGCCAUGUUGUGAUCACCCGCUUGCCAUCUAUCAUCAGCUGGAAAUUGCUUCCUCGGUUUCCGUCUACUUCAUCAAAGCCUAUGUUUAA